CCCCACAGGGGCGCGGGAUUCCUUCUCCAUCAAGAAUCUGUCAUCAACCCCUCUGUCUACUCAUAUUUUACCCGGGAGGAUAGGAGGGCGGCUCGGCUUUUUGGCGCGCUCCAAAGGCACACAGACGUCCCGGGAGACAACAUAUGAGCACCAUCAGCAAAGCGGAAGGACAGAGGAAACUCAGCCAAAUCCUAAGCUCGAAGCGCAAAGAGGAUCCCGUUGGCUUGCUACGCGCUCAGCGAAACGGAACCCUAAACGAGUACUUACGCGAAGAUCUCGCAAAGCACGGGCUAGCGGUAGCAGGUGGCGUAGUUCCAAAUCGCAAAGCUCAGGGAGCGGCUCCAACAGCGGCUGCGGCGGCAACAGCAGCGCCGCCACCCUACCAGCGGCACUCAUAUAAAGCUCCGUCCACGACCGAGACUAGCCUUGCCGGCGGCGCCGUCGCGAGCAGCAACAGCAGCAGCGCCACAGCAGCAGGAGCAGCAGCAGCGGCUUCGUCCGGACCGAGGCCCCGGGGUUGCCUCGCGUCGCUCGGGCAGGUAGACGGCAGGGUCGCUUCCGCCGCCGCCGACAGCACCACCGCCGCAGGGCCGUUGCCGAACCCUCCGUCACAGCAGCAGCAGCGAGACCAGACCGUGGGGAGUGCGGAUAGGCCUACUCCCGGAAAGCUCAGCGCUAGCCGGUUCGGCAGCUUCCGCAACAGCAACGCCGACAGCAGUGGCGCUGUGGCUGGAUCGUCUAGCUCGGCGCUCCCAACGCCGCCUCCUCCGGCACCAGCGGACGUCGAGGUUCCGCCCGGCAACGUCGAUAGCAGCGGGAAGGGGUCAGCAAGCAGCAGUAGCGCUCAAGGAGACGCCUCGCAGGCACCCUCAGCGGCGGCGAGCUCUAUUUCCUCGAGGCGCUGUACCGUAGAAUCUUCGUCAGCCCCUGCUCCCUACACCCGGGAAGAACAGGGACAGGAACAAAAGUCAGCGGGGGGAUCGGCGUCGACCUCCGUGCAAGGGUUGACGAGCAGGCUGGGAAGCGCGGGGCUCGGUCCGAGUGCGGGCGGCGGCGGUAAGCGGACCACCAGCGGGAGGAUCGCGGAGCUGACUCGCAAGUUCGAGAAGUGAAGCGGCGCUAGCCAGGCUGGGGGCAAGAGGCAAACGAGAGAAGCGAGAGGAGGAUUUUUUUUU